UCACUCGUCUUGCUGCGGAGUCUAGGUUUGGGCGGUUGUGGCUUCAAAGACUGGCGGAAGCAGUCGUCGAUCCUGCCAGGAUGGGGGUGAAGUUGGAGGUUUUUCGGAUGACGCUGUAUCUUACCUUCCCAGUGGCCAUGUUCUGGAUCUCCAACCAAGCUGAAUAUUUUGAGGAAUAUGUCAUCCGGCGCAAGCAGGAGAUCUUUCCUCCGGAGCGAGAAGAUCAGCGUCGGGAGCUUGAAGAAUUCAAGGAGCGAAUGCGGAAGCAACGUGAAGAGAGACUACUCCGAACUGCCCAGCAGUGAUGUGGAAUUUAUUUGGAAAUCUGGUGCCCUGUCUCUCUCCCCAAAGCCUAGCUGCUGCCCAGCAGAGGUGGAGGGUUGGGAGGUAGGACUCCUAGACUCCAGACCCAGCUCUAGCAAAGGAACUCCUUCUUUCCCUGCUUUCUGAUGAGGAACUCUAGAGGCCACAUAUCCCCUGCUCAGUCCCCUGUUCCCCAUGUGACUUGAGAUCUCUAUGGCCUAGAAUUCUCCUCUGCCCUAGCCUACUUGUCAGAUGCAUCACCAAUCACAUAUGAUUAACCCCUUGCCUUUCCCUCACUUUGGUCCUUUCCUUUCAGGGCUCUAGCUGGGAGCCAUUCGGGGUCCAGAAUCUGAGUCCAAAGGGAGAUGAGGGAAAAUCCUAUAUUCUUCCACUCCAGUUCUUUAAUCCAUUGACAAUAACAACUCAGUCUGACCCUUCA